AUGGCAGCGGUCACUCCGGAGUUGAAGACGGCCAUCUGGGAGAAUCAGUUCUACUACCUCUUUGGCUUCUUAUUCCUGGUGUUCAUCAUCCUGGUGGUCUCCUGUUCCCAGAUCAGCAUCGUCAUGGUGUACUUCCAGCUCUGUGCUGAGGAUUAUCGGUGGUGGUGGAGGACCUUCCUGGUCUCCGGAGGAUCCGCCUUCUACGUGCUGAUCUACGCCGUCUUCUACUUCGUGAAUAAGCUGGACAUUGUGGAAUUCAUCCCUUCCCUGUUGUAUUUCGGCUACACUGCCCUCAUGGUGCUGUCCUUCUGGCUCCUGACCGGGACCAUCGGCUUCUAUGCAGCCUACAUGUUUGUCCGCAAAAUUUACGCCGCGGUGAAAAUAGACUGAAGGUGCCGGCACACCCGGACGAACCACCGAGCCACCACCAGGCUUUUGGGGUUUUUUUUUUCCUAGGAAGGAAAACGGGGAACUUAUAUUUCCUGUUUCUCCCGAGGACAGCAAAAUCCUUUGGGAGCAGGACGCAGGAAAUAAUAACAAUAACAA